UUAAAUUCACUUUUUCAUGUCCGCUCUAAAAACAGACGGCUUUUUCUUUUCAAAGAUAGAGGUAAAGUUCUGUCGUUUCUGAAAAGAAAAAGUAAAAACGACUUCUAAGGGAGAUUAUUUAAGGGCUAUAAAGAAUGCAGGGACCGCAACUCCCAUCAUGCUAACUUGCUUGAUUGCAUGACCCAGUCACGCCACGAAUUGAUAUGUUGGCUAAUUUUGCCAGUAUCAAAAAUCCUUUUACAGGAAAAGAUUAAUAGUGUAUGCAUCAAGUCACUACCGCUGUCUUUAGCUAACGGGUCGUCAGUAUCUAACAACAUAGGUCGGCGCCAUCCUUGGAACUUUUUUUAUUAGUGAAGGUUGGUUCAUGUUGGUUGGUUGGUUGGCUGAUUGAUUGAUUGAUUCAUGAUGAUAUAUUUACGGAUGGUGCCCAUACGUACGGCUAGUUCGUCCGAAAACGCUCAACAUUUGGACCGCUUUAAAAAAAUACUCAGAUGUUCGAACUUUCCGACUUUAUUUGAGUUAUCCCGUUUCGUUGGUAAUCUACUUCUUUCACAACCCGGGGAUUGUCUAGUUCGGUCAGGUCGAUUUCUUUAGUUCUCGGCCGAUUCUGACUUUAUUUGCGUGAUCCCGUUUCGGCGGUAAUUGACAGCGGGACAGCAAAUACAGUUAUCAUUGACACCUUAGAACAUGUAAUCUACUUAUUUCACAACCCGGGGAUUGUCCAGUUCGGUCAGGUCAUUGGAUUUCUUUAGUUCUCGGGAGCUAAGAGAUCAGUUGCAGAAAUGGGAAAGUACUUAACGGCCAGUACUGCCGUUCUCGUUUCUUCAUUUAUGAUAUUUUUCCUGGCUCAAUAUCAAGACUCAGACUUAGUACUUCGUUUUUAUGAGUAUUUKGGCGCCGAACCGUGUUCUGUACUUAAAGGAAAGGUCGUCUGGAUWACUGGGGCGUCUAGUGGAAUUGGCGAACAGCUUGCYUAYGAUYUGGCAGAGUGUGAUUGCAAGCUUGUGCUGUCCGCUCGUACAAAACACAAACUUGAACAAGUAAAGAAUAGAGUUGCAGAAAUUGAACGAAAGCGAAAUCCCUUGUUUGAUAAGGACGAGAGGGUCCUGGUUCUACCGCUUGAUGUGACGUCAUUCUCUAGUCACGUGAAUACUACCAAUCAAGUCAUUGACAGGUUUGGACACAUAGAUUUUUUGGUAAACAAUGCUGGSGUGUCGCAAAUGCCCAAAUUCUCUGAGGACAUCCCUUUUGAAGUCGAAGAAAAGCUCCUGAACAUAAACCUAAUCGGUGCCAUCUCGUUAUCAAAAGCCGUCAUUCCUUACAUGGUUAAAAGAAAACAAGGCCAGAUAGUGCUAGUUGGUAGCAUCUUCAGUAAAAUUGCUUACCCAGGAUACGCAGCGUACUGCGCCAGCAAAUCAGGACUAAGGAUUUAUUUCGAUGCAAUCCGUUCUGAGCUGUCGUCGUCCAAUAUCAAGAUUGUGCAAGUUCUUCCUGGACCAGUUGUGUCCAACAUUCUGAAUAACGCUUUUACAGAUACUGURAAUGUUACUGCUAGGGACCACUCAGGCUUUAAAGAUUUCACAAACCACUUCACAUUCAUCAGAUUCAUGGAGACGAAACGUUUCACAUAUCUCAUGACGGUCGCAAUGGCAAAYAAUUUAAAGGAAUCGUGGAUGGCCAACGUUGAAAUAUUGACACUGGUUUAUCUAUCUCACUAUCUGCCAUUUAUAUAGUGAAGUAUAUCUAAAUGAAAUAGCUGUGGUGUAAUGAUUUUAGCUUAAAAAUAGACUGACUGAUAUUUCGACGUUAUCGAAGGAAAGGUCCAUUUUCAUAGGUCUAUGUGAGGCGAAGGCCACGUGAAMAYCAGCGAAAAUCAGUGGUGAGGUAAGMGGAAAGAGAAUAUAAAAAUCUUCCGUUCUKCCUCYYUCGUUCUCCGUCUUARRUUACUUCACUAAUAGGAAAGAAGGAUAAAAAAUGGAUCAUCAAAAGAACAACGUUUAAAACCCCUUAAGUUUGUUUGUCUUCUUAUCAUUUUAUCGGAACCUCACAUUAGAAACUCCGACGCAAUACCGAUGUAACUCCGACACAACUCCGAUGUAAAACCGACGUCGUUCCGAUGACUAUAUUCAUUCAAUUAGCAGACAUUGUCGUCUUUAAAACUAUUAGUGACUUAUUCCGACUGAACGUAUCCUAUUUGUGCAUACAUUGCCAUUGUAUAUUGCUUUUACCUAUUUUUAUUCGUAUUUUUAUGGUAACUUGGCCGUCUUCUUUAUAACCAUUCUGUAUAAUGUUUACUAAUUAUAAUAAUAGGUAGGUUUUAGGUUUGUUUGAAAUUAAAAAAUUGAUGAACGAUU